UGGACCUCAAGUGCGGAAAGGCCGCCCGGAAAACUUCCAAGGCUGGACCCGCCGCCUCCCAGGUCCCGGAGCAGGACGCUGCGGACACCCCGGUGGAGCCCCGCGAGCCUGCGCCCGCCUCCCGGGGGGCCCGACCCGCCGCGAAGCGCAGCAGCCGCGCCGGGGCGUCGCGACCCUCGGCAGACCCAGGGCGCCCGGAGCCCCCAGAAGCCGCGGCCGCCGCGCGCCCCGCGAGCGCGCCCGGCCGAGGCGCCUCGGAGCGCGGACGGGGCGGCGCCGCCGCGCGUCCCCGGCGUGGAGGGCCCGGAGACCCCCGACGCCCCCGAUCUGCCCCUCGCCAGGGCCGGCUCCCGGCGAUCCGGAGGUGCGCGCUCCCCGCGGGAGCAGGGGUUCCCGCCGGGGUCCCCGGAGGAGCCGGGCCCCGGUGCGCGGGUCCGGGCCCGGCGUUCCCGCCGGACCGAGGCGCCGCCCGGUGGCUGGACUCCCCGGCCAGUGCUGGACCGGCUGCGGCUGAACCGCGGGCAGAUCUCGGCGGCCGCCGAGGCCGUGAACAAGGUAGUGGAUCGCCUGCUUCGGAGGCUGCAGAGCCGAGAGUGCGAGUUUAAAGGCGUCGCCCUGCUCCGCACCGGCAGCUACUACGAGCACGUGAAGAUUUCUUCACCUAACGAAUUUGAUGUCAUGUUUAAAUUGGAAGUCCCCAGAAUUCAGCUAGAAGAAUACGCUAACAGUGGGGCUCACUACUUUGUAAAGUUCAAAAGAAACCCUAAAGGAAAUCCUUUGAGUCAGUUUUUAGAAGGGGAAAUAUUAUCUGCUUCUAAGAUGCUGGCGAAGUUUAGGAAAAUCAUUAAGGAAGAAAUUAAAAACAUAGAAGAUGAAGAUGUCAUCAUGGAGAAGAAAAAGCCAGGGAGCCCAGCUGUAACACUUCGUAUUAGAAUACCUGAAGAGAUAUCGGUGGAUAUAAUCCUGGCUUUGGAAGCAAAAAGUAGUUGGCCUGCUAACACCAAGGAAGGCCUGCCUAUCCAUAAUUGGCUCGGAAAAAAAGUUAGGAAUGAAUUAAGACGACAACCAUUUUAUUUGGUACCAAAGCAUGUAAAAGAAGGACCCAGUUUUCAAGGAGAGACAUGGCGGAUAUCUUUCUCUCAUAUUGAGAAGAGCAUUUUAAAUAAUCAUGGAAAAUCUAAAACAUGCUGUGAAACUGAUGGGGUAAAAUGUUGCAGGAAAGACUGCCUAAAACUAAUGAAGUACCUUCUGGAACAGCUGAAAAAGAAGUUUGAGGACCGCAAAGAGCUGAAUAAAUUCUGUUCUUAUCACGUGAAAACAGCUUUCUUUCACUUAUGUUCCCUACACCCCCUGGACAGCCAGUGGGACCCCAAGGACCUCCGACUCCGCUUUGAUAACUGUGUCGCGUUCCUCCUCGAGUGUCUCAGGACAGACAAGUUGGAGCAUUAUUUUAUUCCUGUGGUCAAUCUAUUCUCUCGGGACAAAAUUGACAGAGUAAGUAAAGAAUUUCUGUUAGAACAAAUCGAAUACGAAAGAAACAAUGGAUUUCCAGUUUUUGGUGAAUUUUGAUGCUCAGUUUUACAGAAAGGAUCAAGAACUACAAUGAUAACAACUGGAGUUAUCAAUAAUAAUUGAGAUUAUUGUGACUAAUUGGGAGU